CGGUGCGGCCGCGCUCGGGGCUGAUGGAGGCGGCCAAGAGGCCGCGGUUGCGGUUGAGCCGCCGGAGGCCGGCCGCGGAGGGCGGCGGCCGCCCCUGGUUCCUGGCCGGCGGCGAGUGCGAGCUGUGGGCCACGCUGCUGCGCACGGUGAGCGCGGACCUGCGCCCGGACGGCGAGCUGCCGCCGCUGCCCGCCUUCCCCGGCCAGGAGCCGGGACGCGGCCCGCAGCCCGCGGACCCCGGCGAGGCCUUCUCCGUCGGACCCCAGACCUUCAGCUGGACGCCGUUCCCGCAGCCCGCGAGGGGCUCGCGCUGCUCCUACCGUCUGCUCCGCGGGGCGGCAGCCCCCGCCUCCGAGUGGCCCGGGACCCCCGGCCGGCCGGACGUGAGGAGGCCGCCGGCCCUGCGGAGCUGCCCGAUGUGCCAGAGGGAGUUUGGCCCCGGGCUGGCGCAGCUGGACAUUGACAGCCACCUUGCCCAGUGCCUGGCGGAGAGCACGGAAGACGUGGUGUGGUGACCGCUGGAGCCACGCUCUGCCCGUGCAGGCUUGGGCCGAGGGCUGCACCGGCAUCUCAGGAGGCGGAGGCCUGGGCUCCUCUGGGAUGGGCGCUGGCCGGGGGCAGGGCAGGCGGCCCCGCCCUGUCGCCCUCUACCCCCUGUCCUGUCGCCCCCCCCCGUCCUGUCGCCCCCCCCGUCCUGUCCCCCCCCCACCGUCGCCCCCGCGUUCCUUGUGCCGAGGUGAACGUGGGGCACAGCUGUUCCCCGUGUCCCUCUGCGACGCGGCUCUGGAAUCCUGGUCCCCACGGUGACGGUGGCGGAAGUGGGGCCUUUGAGGGCGGGGCUGAAGGGGUCGCCCCGGGCUCUGCAGCGCUGUCCAUGCCGCGCGAGGACCCAGGGGCGGCCCUCAGACCCCACAGUGCUGGCGCCGACCCCAGUGCCUGGAGAAGGACGUGACUUCAGCCCACCUGGGGCUCGCGAUCAGCGGUGUGAAGGGGCCUUGGCGGUGGGCGUGGCCGGGGUGGCCUCUGCGCGAUGGGUCCUUGCGGUGCUCUGGGCCUGGCCAGGGUCCUGCCCCGUCCAGGCACGACGUGAAGACUCCGGGUGAACACCGGGAGAUGUGCACUUUCCUUUUUGGAAAAGGCACGGACACUGAGAUUCAUCCACUGAGCAGAAGGCCAGGCGUGGCCUAGGGUUCUCCAGGGAACUCAGAGGAGAGGGACACGAGACCGAUCGCCCGUCGACGGCAGACCUCCCACGUGCCUGUAACGGCCAGGGCUGGGCCAGGCUGGAGCCAGGAGCUCCCUCCAGGUCCCACACGGGGGCAGGGCCCCGGGCCCCCAGGGCCGUCGCCGUCUGCCUGAGCACGCGUCUGGGUCAGGUGCAGAGGAGCCAGGACUGGGACCAGGCACUGGGAUGUGGGUGGGACCUGCCCCACCCGAGGAUUUCUGGGGAACCAGCAGAGACCCCGGGGGCCUCAGACCUGGGAGGCCGAGGGUGGGACCUGCCCCAGGGCCAGAGCCCGAGUGCGGGCAGGGGGCCGCUGGCGCAAGUCCUGGAGCCCAGCGGCAGAGGGAGGCGUGCAGGUGCCCACCCCCCAGGUCUGCACACCAGGGUCCCACGACCAGGACUGGCCGGCACUGCCACGCGCUCCUGACCAUGUUAGCCCACGUUCCCUCACUGUAGCCCGGGUACCUGAGAGGCUGCUCCAAGGGGGGGGCAGUCAUGUCACGAGGGAACAGCACCUGAGCCAGGUGCACUCGGAUGCUGACCGCCCAGGGCCCCCACCGACCCUGAGAGCCCCGGGCCCACAGCCGCCGCCGUUCCGAAUACGCAAGAUGGGGAUGGCACGGGGCCGGGGCUGCUGUGGCCGGACUGGACUCUGAUGGGGCAGCACGUGUGGCCCUGGCAGGGAGGCUGGGGUGCGGCAGCGGCCAGCUGGGGAGUCUGCACCUCCCCCUGCUGCGAGCCCGGGACGGUGUCGGGGCAGCGGUGCGCCUGGCGGUGGGGGCACCUGGGUCCCCGCCAGCCAUGGACCUGCAUGGAGUUCUGGGCUCCUGGCUCGACUGGCCUGGGCCUGGCCACUGCGACCAUACGCGGAGUGAACCCGUGGACAGCAGCUCACGCUCGGUUACUCUUUCAAAUAAAUUUUUAAAAGGUC